ACGCCCCCGUCUUCACCUGAACCACUCACCUGCCUUUAGUUGCGCUCGAAACACACACUCGCUCGUGCGCAGAACACCAUGCAUGCGAGAGAAUUUCGACUUUUCAAUCCGGUUUUAACGGUUAAAAGCUGCGUUUGUGUGCUCUUUGACAACAAUUAAAAAGAUGACGGAGGAAGAUGAGCGAUAAAUACGCAGAUAGGAAUCCCUCAUCGUGUGUAUGAGACUGACGUUAAGUCAGAGGGAGAGAGCGGCGAGAGAGACGUUAUAGUAAUAAACAAUGAGUGAGACUCCAUCCAGUAUGCAUCUGCACUCGUCAAAGGAGAUUGUGCUAUGGUUUAAGAGUCCUUACCAGUGAUCUUUGGGACUUAACGGAUCUAUGUAACCUCAAAAGAACACCGUCUUCAUUAUUGGCAUCAUCAUAAUCUAUUUGGAUAAUAUCUUUUUAGCUGUAGGAGAGGAUUUUAAAACAGGAGCUGGACUCUUGCUGGAACAGUCUCAACAUUGCCAGCUUAUUUUUGUUGUCUUAAUGAAUUUAAUCUGACACACAGACAAAGGUGGAAGCUCACCCUGCUGCGCAGACAUAAACAACACCUGACAAGAAAAUGACCAAGAAGUCAACACUAUACAGUGUAUUUAUCAUGUAGACAGAGAGACAGACAGCCUGAAAAAGCAAAGUGACAAGUCGAUAGACGGCGAGAUCCAUCACACUCCCACAGGUCACAAUGCCAGACGAGUUACAAGGUUUUCAGGAAAAGGGGAGGCCUGGAGAAGAAGCACCACAGGCGUCUUUAGUGCCGAACGUUGUGGUCGUCUCCAGUGAUAGAGCGGGCAAAAUCCCUGGAGGCAAUAUCCUGGAGCUUGACGACUUCAGUCAAACAAAAGACGGAGUGAAACAAUCGACACAAAGCAGUGACAUUAAUAUUUUGCAAGGAAAUGACGGCAAAUUAAAUGCAAGCAAUCCUACUGCCGUGAGCCAGUCAGGACUUGGUGAUUCGCAGGUUUUCGUAGAGGUUGGUGUGGCCAAAACAGCGCAGGCCACUAAACCUCUCGAGGCCAAUUCUUGGAUGAAGGGAACAGGUGUGACUCCGCAGGCUACGGAUCAUGAUGCUCCAGUCAACUCGUCGUCUGACAGGCUACAAACUGACAGCACCUCAUCGCAAACGAACGGCUGCAGUGUGCUCGAUGGAAAGCCCUUUGAAAAGACAAAACCUAACUCUCCUGUCAAUUUUUCUGAACCCAGUUUAGACACUUCUAACAAAAACACCAAGAAUAGUCCAGACGAUGAAAGAGGUGAUUCCAAAACAGACUUUACUGUUAAACCAAAAGCAGAAAACUCACUCGGCGGCAGUUCGCCCGCACUCCCCGAAGUUUCAUUCAAAGUUGCCCAAACAAGGGAGAGUAUCGAUGUCAGGUGGGAUGACCAAUACGGAGACGAGGAUGGACGUGAGGAAAGGCAAAGCAACCGGUCCAGGCAGAGUGUGAAAGAGGGGGUGUGUUGCUGCUAUCAGGCAUUCCACAGGGCUUUUCUGCAGUGCGUGGAGGAGACUCCGGCCAUGCUGACUGGACUGGUGCUGUCUCUGGCUUUCUGUGUGGUCCUCAUCGUCCUCAUUGCCACCACACGAAUGAACAUCAUUUUCCAUGUAGCUGCUCUGUCGGUGCUGUCUGUGGUUCUCUGUCUGAGUGCCAUCCUGCUCGUCUGCCUGCCUUGGCUGGCCACCUUGAGGCGCUGUGGAGGAGCCCUGGCCCUCUUCGUCUGGGGGACGCUGUAUGUCAUCGCCAUAGUCUUCAUCUUCACUGGGGGACCUGUCACUACUUGGGAACAAGUAGGGUUUUUCCUCUUCCUUUCUCUGAGUGUGUACACAGUACUGCCUCUCUCUAUGGCCUGGGCCCUCAUGGUUGGGAUUGGGACCAGCCUUUCGCACAUCAUCAUCAUCAGCGUCUACGUCCCUGUCACAAGCCCAGAGACACCAGACAUGGCUGUGCAGCUCGUGGCAAAUGCAUUGCUGUUUGUGUGUGUGAACUGCGUCGGGAUUUUCCAUCUGUGGAUGACGGAGCAGGAUCUCAGGAUAUCCAAUCAGAAGAGAGAAAAGUUCAGCAACAUACGGUCCCGGAAGGAAAUAAGGAAAUAUCAGCAGGAGCAGCUCCUCCUGUCUGUGUUGCCACGGUACAUCGCCAUGGAGCUGAAAACGGAGGUGAUAAAGAAGCUCUUCAAGGCCAAGUGCGAUGACGACAAGGAAUCCAACUCCAACAACUUUCACAGCCUCUAUGUCCGGAAGCACAAAGACGUCAGCAUCCUGUAUGCAGACAUUGUCGGCUUCACAAAGCUGGCGAGUAGCUGCACACCAGAAGAGCUGGUCGCUGUGCUAAACAAGCUCUUUGGCAGAUUCGAUGACAUCGCCAAGAAGAAUGGGUGUCUUCGCAUUAAGAUCCUGGGUGACUGCUACUACUGUGUAUCUGGUCUACCUGACCCCAUUCCCACACACGCCAGGAACUGUGUUCAGAUGGGGCUGGACAUGUGCACUGCCAUCAGUAAACUGCGAGAGGCGACGGGGGUUGAGAUCAGCAUGCGGGUGGGUGUUCACAGUGGAAACGUGCUCUGUGGUGUGAUUGGCUUGCAGAAGUGGCAGUACGACGUGUGGUCCCAUGACGUCACGUUAGCCAACCACAUGGAGUCUGGAGGUCUUCCUGGGCGAGUCCACAUCACAGAGGAGACAAUGCAGCACUUAAACGGAGCAUAUAUAGUGGAGAACGGGGAUGGGGGGAGUCGGGAUCCUCUUCUUAAAGGAAGAAAAACGUACCUGGUGAUAGACCCCUGCAAGCCGAACAGCAUUUCCAGUACACCUAAAUCGGCAAACACUCUUACAUCAGGAGAGACCAGGCUGCGGGCGUCAAUCCGGAUGUCUGAGUACCUGCAGUCCUGGCGGACUAUCCACCCCUUCGCAGACCUAAGCGACCCUAAUGCCACACCCUCCAAGAAGAAAAAAGUCCCCACUAACGUCGCCAUGAACCAAUCACAGCUGUCUUCAGAAGGACCACCUUGCCAGAACAACUCCGACUGUUUGGUUGUGGAUAAUGGUGUUAGGGGAUCACUGGGAUCACUGGACCCACUGAAUAAUGCAGGGAGGAGAACAAAGAAGCUCAACUGUUUGACUCUGCUGUUCAACGACCUGAGCCUGGAGAGAGAGUUCCGCCUUUCAGAGGUAAAGGGUGUACAUCAUUCAAUGAGCUGCAUAGCUUUGAUCUUCGUCACUCUUUUCGCCGUCCAGAUACUUGUCUCUAAGAAUAACUUUGAGAUGGCAGUGUCAUACGGUGCAACCUUCCCUGUGCUGGUGCUGCUUCUGUCCAUCGCUUUCACUGGAUACUUGAAGAAGUGGCAAUCCAAGAUGCCGUUGAGUGUUCAGUGGAUCUCGGGGCUGUCCCGUGGCGUCUCCACCGUGGCGGCGCUGCGUCUGUUUGUGGUCAUUCUCUGUGUUCUCAUCACCCUGCUUAUGGCCAUCCUCAACUUUGUCUUCCUCCCGGGAAACAACUGCACAUCGAUUACCAACAGGACAGAGCUGGAGGGUCUUAAACUCUACACUGUGCCUUACUACCUCUACUGCUGCCUGUUGGCCAUGCUGGGAACGAUCGUGUUCAUCAGGACAAGCUUGUCUGUGAAGGUCCUGCUGCUCACCCUGGCGGUGGUGGUUUACCUGGCCCUCUUCCUCCAUGUUUACGCGCCGAGGUCCUACUGCCUCAUUAACCUGCUUUACAACGACACCAAACCGGGAGUGCUGAAGGACCCUCAGAUCAUGUCUGGGGUUUGGCUGGUCAUCUUUUACAUUGUAUGCCUCAUUCUAGCCAGACAGGACGAGCUGGGUUGCCGCGUAGACUUCCUGUUGGACCGCUGUUUCAAGACGGAGAGGGAGGAGAUGGAGACCAUGGAGAACGUCAACAAGCUCCUCCUUCAGAACGUCCUGCCGCUCCAUGUCGCCUCCUUCUUUAUAGGCAAAACUGUCCGCAACCAGGACCUGUACAGUCAGUCAUAUGACUGUGUGUGUGUGAUGUUCGCCUCGGUGCCUCAGUUCAAAGAGUUUUACAGCGAGAGCAGCGCCAACAGGGACGGUCUGGAGUGUUUGCGUUUCCUCAACGAGAUCAUAUCAGACUUUGAUGAGAUUCUCUCAAAGCCCAAAUUCUGUUCAGUGGAGAAGAUUAAGACUAUCGGCAGUACGUACAUGGCUGCUGCGGGGUUGAGACACGCUCCUCAACGGGACGAACAAAAGAAAGUGGAGGUAUCCUACAGCCAUGUGCGCUCCAUGGUAGAGUUUGCCAUUGCUCUGAUGGGCAAACUGGAGCUUAUCAACACACACUCUUUUAACAGCUUCAAACUCAGGAUCGGAAUAAACCACGGUCCAGUGAUUGCAGGAGUGAUUGGAGCUAAUAAACCUCAGUAUGAUAUCUGGGGGAACUCUGUUAAUGUGGCCAGCAGGAUGGAUAGCACAGGAGUGUUGGACAAGAUACAGGUGACGGAGGAGACAGCCCAGAUGGUCGAGAGCGUGGGAUACACCGUCACUCUCAGAGGAGUAGUCAACGUCAAGGGCAAAGGGGAACUCACCACCUACUUUAUUAACACGGACCGAUCGUCUCCUCAGUUCUGACCUCCACAAUCAGAUGCUGCACAGAUCUGUCACUCAGACCUGGGUCCAAAUAUUAGCUGCAAAUGCUUGUUAGUGUUUGUAUAAAUGAACCUGGUGAACCAAAUGGGGUUGGCCUUAUGAACUAACCUGUCACUACCUGUAUUCAUCACAAACAUCUGCACUGACUUAAUGCUGAAACCAAGAUGUAUCACCUGUUAAUCAUUUACCUCCAUUGAAGAGCUGCCUUUGUCUUUUGGAUAAGACACUAAAUAAAAUCCUGACCGGUUAAAUGAAGACUACAAUUCAACUGAAAGCAGAGAGCUGUCUACUCAUGGACCAUUUAUUGGCAAACCAUGUUGCUUACUGUAUCUGUAUCUGUACUGUAUCUGGGUUAUCCUGUGAAACUAGAGUAGGUGGGUCAAGUCGCCCAUAACCCUUUUCACUGUAUUAUGAUGUUUCUGAGAACAUAUAGUCUCAAAUUAUCCUUUUUUAUUUUGGUACACUUAACUGAAUCACAUGCACUGUCCAACACUGUUCAUGUACGAUUAAUGUAUUGGACAAAAAGAAGUAUCCGUCUUAGAUGUACCAAAGAUUACUGUUGUUUUAUGGCAGAUAUUAUAGAGGUAGUUUAUGAUUCAAAUAAGCAAAAAAAAAAACAUUUUUAUUUUAGGUUGAAUUUUUUUUUUUUUACUACAUUGUGGUUUCACUAAGUUACAAAACAGCAUUUACAUUUUACACACAGUUUUUUUCUUUCUUUCUUUAAAGUUAGUUUUUUAAUGGUAUUUGUUCUCUAUUCUAUGCUUUUAUUCUGAAACCCUGGAUAUUUCUACUUAUUAAGCCCAAUGAAAAUUGUUCAAACUCACUCAUAGUUUACAGGUUUUACACCCCAUGCAUAUAUGUACUGUAAACCCAUCUAAACAUACAUAAAUUACACACUGUUUUAUUUUAUGUAAGGUGUCACAAACCAAAAAAGGUAAGUGACCAUCGGUCAAUGGUUUAAAUGCUCACCGCUGGUCUGGAGCUGGAGAGAUGUAUUGCAGACAUGUUGAUUUAAAUCUUGGUUUCUUUAUUAUUAUUAUUUAAAUUCGACAUUGCACUUUCUAAUAUGUUGUAUUUUUGAAAGGGAGUUCUGCAUUACAAUCUGAAUGUUUAUUGUGCACAGAAUACUUCUUUUCUUUAAAGUAUUUCUGUGAGGGAUGAUAUGAAGUGUGAAUAU